AUGCCCUUCUCUUUCGCUCAUGUAUGUGAUCUUCUAGAUCAGCUACAGCAGCAGCAGCAGCAGCAGCAGUCUGCCGACGGAAAUGUCGCUCGUAGAAUUAUCGCUUCCUGGUUCGCCAAACAUCGGCAUGCCAUCAACCAGACCCCUGCCACUGCGGCAGCCCUUUUUUCAACGUUGCUGCCCGAUACUCGAACCGAUCGCGUGUAUGGAAUUCAAGCUCCAUCGCUCCAGAGAAUCGUUGGUCGAGCCCUCUGCCUUGGAAUCUCCCGGUUUGCCCAUCUGCGUCGCUAUGAGAACCCCGGGAGUGGCGAGGACUUGGCCGAUUGCGUAGCAGGUAUUCUCACGGAGACUCCCAACGCCGUCAGUAAACUAGACCAGGUCAUGGUGGAGGAGAUUGAUGCUUUGCUCAACACGCUUGCUGCGAACUGCAGGUUCAGCUCUCAUACUGUCCGCCAAUCCUACUGGAACACAGGUUGUGAGAACAAAGAGACACUCGGCGAGCUUUACCGCCAAGUGGAUGCUCGAGAGGCCAAGUGGUUGACUCGUAUCAUUCUGAAGCAAACCCACCUCACCGCCCUCGACCCCAACAUUGUCUUUGGAUCCUAUGAUGCCCGUCUUCCCUUCAUCGCCAGGGUGCAAGAAAGCUUUGAAGUUGCUCUCACAUCCUUGCGAGAACUGAGGGCAUCAAACCCGCUCGGUAUCGGUACACAGAACUUGGUUCACGUCAUCAAACCAAUUCUCGGGACCAAGGUCGGUCGACAAACCUGGUUGAAGGGCAGGAGCAUCAAACACUGCAUCGGCGUCCAUCCCAAGCGAAUCAGCUGUGAGAAGAAGAUGGACGGCGAGUACUGCCAAGUGCACGUCGAUCUGAGCAAGGGAUCCCGAAGCGUUCAGAUCUUUUCCAAAAGCGGCAAGGAUAGCACACAAGACCGAGCGGUAGCAAGCCGAAGAUUUCUCAAGGAUGAGGGUCGGAUACUCCCUUUUCACAAAAUACGCAAAUAUGUCUUGAGGUCAGGCGUUCCUUUAGGCACUCAAAAAGACUCUCCGUAA